AUGACUAAGGCGAGACGUGAUGCAAAGCAAGUGGAUAAGGCUGAGACUGGUAACGGCCAAUCAGAUGCAACAGCACAAGUAGCCCCAAAGACGGUAGAUUGUGAUUUGAUCAAUAAACCCAAGAAUCCUCGCAAAUUUUACCCAAUGUCGAAGGAUGCGCCAAAGAAUGCGCAUGAUUUAGCAGGAGACUGUAAAGAGAACACCUUUGACUUCAGUACUGUGGUAACUGGCCUGGAUAUGGAUGGAGAAGUGACAUUGGAUACGCUACUGCAGUCAUUUAGCACAACUGGAAUCCAGGCAUCCAACAUCCACAAGGCCAUUCUUGAAAUACGUCGAAUGCGUGAAGCAAAUGCCAAAAUAUUCCUAGGAUGCACAUCGAACAUGACAUCGUGUGGAAUCAGAGAAAUCAUCAAAUUUCUGGCCAAACACAGCCACAUCGACGUCUACGUGACGACAGCAGGUGGAAUUGAAGAGGAUUUGAUGAAAUGCAAGGCACCAACCUAUUUGGCUGAUUUCAAGUUGGAUGGUAAGGAGCUCAGAGAACAGGGGUGGAAUAGAAUUGGAAACAUGGUGGUUCACAACCGGAACUACUACGCAUUUGAGCAGUUUAUGACGGCAUUUCUGAAUGAGAUUGUUCUGGGAAAGGAGGAUGCUGAAUUCAACACCAAAAAUGGAUACGUCAGUUUGAUGGAUGAUCAUAGGCUGGUUAAGAAGGUGAUCAGGGAUGAUGGUGUAACCUGUGUCUGUAUUACACCAUCAGAAAUAAUACGCCUUCUUGGUAAGAAGAUCAAUGACAAAUCGAGCAUACUCCACUGGUGCUACCUGAAUGGAAUCAGGGUCUACUCUACCGCAAUCACUGAUGGUAGCCUGGGUGACAUGGUCACAUUCUUCCCACAUCGUGAUCAGCUGAUCAUUGACAUCUGUGCUGAUAUCCACAACCUGAAUUGGGAGUCAAUCCACACUAGUGAGAAUGGUGCAAUCAUUUGUGGUGGUGGAUUGAUCAAACACAUGAUAUUCAAUGCCAACCUAUUCAAUAAUGGACUGGAAUAUUGUGUAUUGGUGAAUACUGGAAUUGAACACGAGGCAUCAGAUGCUGGGGCUGAUAUCAGCGAGGCGUACAGCUGGGGGAAAGUGAAGCCAAACAGAAACUGCGUAAAAGUGUGGGGAGAGGCAUCCAUCUGCUUCCCACUGGUUGUUUACGGUGGAUUCAAGUCAAUGACUGAUUUCAGUAGCAAAUAG